GUCACGAAUGACACAAGUUGUGCACAAGCGCACACUCAAUCGUGACAUUUGAGGUUAUGUAACCAUGUUAAAAAACCUCAAAAAAGUGGGUUUAAAGCCACUAAUACUCAAACCUUAUCGCACAACCGCCCCCGCCUUGACUCGUGACAUAACCUCAAGUAAACGGAGCGAGCAGCCCCACCCUGUCUUCCUCGAAAAGUCGGUCGAGGACCCGGUGAUUGUCGUGUCCGAAACCGACGAUGUGGACCUGAUCGGGCCCCCAGACCCCCUCUCGAACCUGCGCCCCAUUAUAAGAAAGUGUCUCCGGGACGAGACGCCCCUCCAGCGCCAGUUGAGACAAAUGCAAGACGCCACCCAGUCAUGGAACCACGAUUUUUGGGCCAAACACAAUACAAAUUUUAUUAAAAAGCGGCAAGAGUUUGUACAGUUGAGGCAAAGUCAAGGCGAGGCGAGACAACUAACGGCCGAAGAAAUGAGCGACUUUUACAAAAGUUUUCUCGACCAAAACUGGGAGACUCAUCUAAAUUACAACUUGGAGUGGUAUAGACGCAAUUUUGUGCUGCUUUUCCUAGCGUUUCGUGUGAGUUUAGAGAAAAAUUUAGCCAAGUUUAGUUGAAUAAAGUAAUCUAGUCGCAA